CAGGCAAAUGACAAGCGCGCAUACUUCAUCGUGCGAGACUGGAACCUCGAGACGGCCAACUCGCUCCGGCGCGUGAUGCUCGCCGAGGUGCCCACGCUCGCCAUCGACACUGUCGAAGUCCUCGACAACACCUCCGUCCUCGCCGAUGAGUUCAUCGCGCACCGGCUCGGCCUCAUCCCGCUGAUCGCAGAGGACGUGGACAAGCUGGUUGACUUCCGCGACUGCGACUGCGAGGACUCGCGCUGCGACAACUGCUCUGUUACGCUACGGCUCAAGGCAAAGUGCACGGGCAACGACGUUAUGAAGGUGUAUGCAAGAGAUCUGGUCAUCGAGAGUAUGCCGCCGAGCGACAGGCUCGGGCAGCCUGUCAUCACGGAUGCGGAGGGGAAUGGAAGCUGCAUUGUGAAGCUGCGGAAGGGGCAGGCGAUCGACAUGCGGUGCAUUGCGAAGAAGGGUAUUGCAAAGGAGCAUGCGAAGUGGGCGCCCAGCGCGGCGAUAGGGUUCGAAUACGACCCCGCGAAUAAGCUGCACCAUCUGGACUUGUGGUAUGAGGACGACGAUCCGAAGAAGGAGCCUGUAGACGAAACGCGCGUCGAUCUCGACGGCGGCCCCGAGAAGACAGACGAGCCCUUCAACUACGACGCCGUCCCGGAGCGCUUUUUCUUCGACGUAGAAACCGUUGGCGGCCUGUCGCCCGACUCCAUUGUCAAUAACGGCAUCAAGGUGCUGCAGCAGAAGCUGGCAUCAGUGAUCAAGGAGCUGACCGGCGUCGACGAGGCGAAUGCGGGUCUCGAGGGAGCGCAGAGCCCGACCAUGGAAGGUGGCUUUGGAAAUGAUGGGUACGGCAAUGACAACGGCUAUACGACGCCUGGAUAUGGUGGCGGCAACGCGUAUCCUGGUGGCACAACGCCUUAUGGCGCGACACCGUAUGGCGGCGCAUCUGGCUGGUAG